UUCUGAUUUCUGAAGCUGUUAUGAGAGAAAAUCACAGCAGAUAAAAGUAUCUGUCAGGCUCCAACAAGGCUCUCUCUCACAUCACAUGAAGCCUGGAACUAAUGCAGCCGCCGCUAUAAGCGAAGCCUCAGCCUCAGCCUGGCAGACAGCCUGACAGCUCCACGCCGACAUCAUGAACCUCCUCCUCUUCCUCGUCCAGUUCAUCAGCACCGUCCCCAUCACCGCCGUGCUCGUCUUCGUCCUCCUCAAGCUGGUGGCUCGCUUCCGCCGCAGUGGCGAGGCCGGCCUCGGCCUCGGCCGGGCCGUGCUGGUCACGGGUUGCGACAGCGGCUUCGGGCACCGGCUGGCCGGAGCUUUGGACCGCGGCGGGUUUGUGGUUUUCGCGGGGUGUCUGUCUCCGGACGGGGACGGAGCUCAGAGUCUGGUCCGGGACGGCUCCGGUAACCUGAAGGUCCUUCAGCUGGACGUCACCAAAGAGGAGGAGGUGCAGCAGGCGAGGAAGACGGUCCAGGAGAACCUGCCCGAGGAAGGUCUGUGGGCCGUCGUGAACAAUGCCGGAAUCUCAGACUGGGCCGAGAUCGAAUGGAGCAGCUUGGAGGAUUUCCGCCACAUGGCGGACGUCAACCUGUUUGGCUCUAUCCGGACCACCAUCGCCUUCCUGCCUCUGGUCCGCGCCGCUAAAGGUCGGGUGGUGUUUGUGUCGAGCAUCUUUGCCUUCUUCCACUGCCUGAACAUGGGGGCCUACAGCGUGUCCAAGAGGGGGCUGGAGGCGUUUGCAGAUUGUUUGAGGGUGGAAAUGGCCAGUUUUGGAGUGAAGGAACCUGCUGGGUGGUGGAAAUUUGAAUGCAGGGUGUAUUUGGCCUCCGGGCCGGACUUUGGACGUGCCGGAUCUAAUCCUUCUGUCAGCAUCAUCCAGCCGGGGAAUUUCGCUGGAGCCACCAACAUCUUAAAGACCAAAACCGCCUCGGACAUCUGGGCGAAACUGGACGACGACCGAAAGGUCGUCUUCAACCGUCGGUACGUGGAACUGGCCAACGACUACUUCAAGUCAACCUGCAAGACUGGAUUCAAAACGGCAGAGCCGGUCGUCACGGCGAUGCUGCACGCGCUCACGUCUACUCGUCCGAAGAGCAGAUACCUGCUGGUGUCUGCGCUGGAUAAGGUCUUCUUCAAGCUGUACCCUCUUCUCCCCACCGUCUUCGCUGACUCUGUCUUUUCCUUCAGCUCCAUGUACAAAACACGAAAACAAAUGCUCUUCAAUCAGUAGCUGUUUUUUUCUUAAUAAAUCUAUUUUCUUCUU